AUGUCACCCUCAGCCGUCAAACAGAAAAUCAGUCUCAAGCGAAUAGCUCACGUCUACUAUACCCAUAAGAAUCUCGACAAAGCAAAUCAAUUCCUCCUCGACUUCGGAUUCAGCGUAGCCCAAAAGACAGAUGAUAAAAUAUAUUAUCGAGGAUAUGGCACCGAACCAUUUGUAUACUGUGCCAUAAAGGGGGAAGAGGAUGCCUUCAGCGGAUCAGCAUGGGUGGUCGAUUCCCUGGAGGACUUGGAAUUAGCAACAUCACUUCCAGGCGCAACACCAAUUCAUGAUUCCGACGCCCCGGGAGGAGGCAAAAGGGUGACUUUCUAUGAACCAGUCGAUAAUUGUCCAUUCCACCUAGUAUACAACCAAACGCCCGCCGAAAUCACAGAAACAUUCCCAGAACUAGCCUACAACUUCCCAACCACCAAACACCGGCCAGUGAACAAAACUCAAAGAUUCAAGAAAGGCCCAGCACCGGUCCACAAAAUAGGCCAUUUCGGUCUCUGCGUCACAGACUACAACAAAGCAUACGACUUCUACACCUCAAACUUCAACUGGAAACCCACGGAACUCGUCUACGCCCCGGACACCAAAGAAGACAUCACCACCUUCCUGCACCUCGACCGUGGUUCCGAAUGGGUAGACCACCACUCGUUCUUCUUCUUCCAGGGCCCGAAAUUCCACGUCCACCACUCCAGUUUCGAGGUGUUCGAUUUCGACAUCCAGAUGCUCGGCCACACGUGGUUGACGGAGAAGAAGUACGAGAAUUGCUGGGGGGUGGGACGUCAUGUGAUGGGGAGUCAGAUAUUCGAUUAUUGGUUUGAUCCGAGUGGGUUUAUCUUGGAACAUUAUGUGGAUGGGGAUUUGGUUAAUGAGGAUACGCCGGUCAAUCGGACGAUGGCUGCGCCGGAUAAUUUGCAUGUUUGGGGACCGGAGGUACCUGCUACUUUUUUGACUUAG